CGCGUGAAGCGCCGGGCCUAUGCUCCUCGUGGGCCACACCCCCCGCCCCUCCAGGGGGUUGCUUGCGACGGAGGGGUGGAGCUUUCCUCGUGACCUUUCACCCCAGCAUGGCUGCGCCCUUGGGACCAGUGAAGUUCUGGCGACCAGGUACAGAGGGACCAGGCGUCAGCAUCUCUGAAGAGAGACAAAGUCUAGCUGAAAACUCUGCAACAACCGUUGUUUACAAUCCUUAUGCUGCCCUUUCUAUAGAGCAGCAGAGACAGAAGCUGCCAGUGUUCAAGCUAAGGAAUCAUAUAUUAUACUUGAUAGAAAACUAUCAGACAGUGGUGAUUGUUGGAGAAACGGGAUGCGGGAAAAGCACGCAGAUUCCACAAUACCUUGCAGAAGCUGGUUGGACAGCCGAAGGAAGAGUUGUGGGAGUGACCCAGCCUCGAAGAGUGGCUGCUGUUACCGUUGCAGGGCGAGUAGCUGAUGAAAGGGGUGCGGUGCUGGGCCACGAGGUGGGCUACUGCAUCCGCUUUGACGACUGUACUGACCCGCUGGCGACAAGAAUUAAGUUUCUGACAGAUGGAAUGUUGGUCAGGGAGAUGAUGGUUGAUCCUCUAUUAACAAAAUAUAGUGCCAUCAUGCUGGACGAAGCCCACGAGAGGACCCUGUACACAGACAUUGCCAUCGGCUUGCUGAAAAAGAUUCAGAAAAAGCGGGGGGAUCUUCGAUUGAUUGUGGCUUCAGCCACUCUGGAUGCAGAGAAAUUUCGGGAUUUCUUCAAUCAAAAUGAAACCAGUGACCCAACCAUGGAUACGUGUGUGAUCCUCACAGUAGAAGGGCGAACAUUUCCAGUGGAUAUCUUUUACCUACAAAGUCCUGUUCCAGAUUAUAUCAAAUCAACUGUGGAGACCGUGAUGAAAAUUCACCAGACGGAGGGAGACGGAGACAUAUUAGCAUUUCUUACUGGCCAGGAAGAGGUGGAAACUGUCGUGUCUAUGCUGAUCGAGCAGGCUCGAGCCCUAGGUCGGACUGGGAUGAAGCGGCACCUCCGGAUUCUCCCCAUGUAUGCAGGGCUGCCUUCCUUUGAGCAAAUGAAAGUGUUUGAAAGGGUGUCACGCAGUGUCAGGAAGGUGAUUGUGGCCACCAAUGUGGCAGAAACCUCCAUUACAGUCAGCGGGAUUGUAUAUGUGAUUGACUGUGGCUUCGUGAAACUCCGAGCUUACAAUCCCAGGACAGCCAUUGAGUGCUUGGUGGUGGUCCCAGUGUCCCAGGCAUCAGCCAACCAGCGGGCAGGACGUGGUGGCCGCAGCCGCUCGGGAAAGUGUUACCGCCUUUAUACAGAGGAAACCUUUGACAAGCUGCCUCAGUCCACCGUUCCUGAGAUGCAGCGGAGCAAUUUGGCACCUGUCAUCCUACAGCUGAAAGCGCUAGGAAUUGACAACGUCCUCAGGUUCCACUUCAUGUCGCCCCCUCCAGCACAGUCGAUGGUGCAAGCGUUGGAGUUACUUUACGCUCUGGGAGGUCUGGACAAAGACUGUCGCCUCACUGAACCACUUGGCAUGAGAAUUGCAGAGUUUCCUUUGAAUCCCAUGUUUGCAAAAAUGCUGCUUGAAUCAGGAAAUUUUGGCUGUUCUCAGGAAAUUCUAAGCAUUGCAGCCAUGAUGCAGAUCCAGAAUAUCUUUGUGGUCCCCUCAAACCAGAAGUCUCAGGCCAUUCGAGUGCACCGAAAAUUUGCCGUGGAAGAGGGUGAUCACCUCACUAUGCUCAAUGUUUACGAAGCAUUUGUUAAGCACAAUAAGAACUCUCAGUGGUGUCAGGAACAUUUCCUGAAUUACAAGGGUCUUGUCAGAGCUGCAACCGUAAGAGAACAAUUGAAAAAGCUUCUUGUCAAGUUUCAAGUGCCGAAGAAAUCUAGUGAAGGAGAUCCAGAUCCCGUUCUGAGGUGCAUCGUCGCGGGAUUCUUUGCCAAUGCAGCGAGGUUUCAUUCUACUGGAGCCUAUAGGACCAUCCGUGAUGAUCAUGAAUUGCACAUCCACCCUGCGUCGGUCCUCUAUGCAGAGAAGCCGCCUCGCUGGGUGAUCUACAAUGAAGUUAUGCAGACCUCCAAGUACUAUAUGAGAGAUGUGACUGCUAUUGAAUCUGCUUGGCUGUUGGAGCUGGCUCCCCACUUUUAUCAACAAGGAACGCACCUGUCCCUAAAAGCCAAAAGGGCCAAAGUCCAAGACCAGUGAGCAGAGCUGGGCUGCAGCUGCAGGGCUGCUUGAUGCCCUCUCCUCCAUGCUGCUGCCCCCCAGCCCUGGUGGGGAGGUGAGCUGGCAUCGGCUCGUGUGGAGCCUCCAGCCGCUCUGACGUGGGCUGCAGCCGUUCCUUAGGUCCUCCUUCCCGCUGCCCUCAGCAUUUGCAUUCCUUGCUGGGGUCCCGGAGGCGUCUGUGCAUGGGCAGGCGUCCAGCUGCGCUGCACCCCGGCAGAGCGGGAGUUGGCACAGCCUGGCUCUUUGCUCACUCAGCACCCUCGCUGACCCAGCAUGCCACUUCCAGGAGGCACACAGUCCUGGCCCAGCUUCCUGGGAAACAAAGAGGAAAGUUAGCCACUGCAGGCUGAAGCGCCACGUCGGGUGGACAGAGGGUUUGCUGGGCUGGCUUUGCUUUCCCUGGCAGGGCCACGGCUGUGUUGACCAGUGAGGUCCGCUGCCAGGUGUGAAUAAGUCUGUGUCCACGAAAGGAUGAGACCCUGGAAAUGCUGCAGAUUUCUGCGAAAAUCACUGAUGGGCGUGUCUCGACGGGCGGGACUCCCGAACCAAGCUGCUUCUGUUUUCCCUCUGCCCGUGUCCCUGUUUAUCUGAGGCCAGAAGACAUGCAAGGACUGGUGACCGACAGAGAGGACUCGUGUGCACUGUUCUUUGUUAGCAAAGGAUUUCUCUGUUUCACAAGUGAGCUUAGCUUUCUCUGCGGACAACCCCUGUCCUGAUGCCACCAGCUGAGCACUAGUGAGAGUUCAUCAGCUCACCCCCAUCGGGGACCCUCUGUAGCGGGAAGUCACAACAGUUUAGAAGCUCUAAGCUUCUGUAGCUCAGGAACAUUACUUAUCUAUUUGUUUUUGUUUGUGCGUUGGGUCCCUGCGAGGACACGGGGGGCGGCUCUUCCAGCAGGCACUGGAUCACUGCUGCCCCAGGCUUCUUCGCUGUGAUGUGUGCAUUUCAACACGCGACCGAUCCAGAUUUUGUUUUUCCCCCUUCCUGUUUCAGUGACAUUUAUUUUAAGAACACGUAGCUUGAAAAUUUAUUUUUGUACUGAUCUUAGUUUGGAUGUGCCACUUUUGGCACCAAACGUGUGUCAUUUUUAUUUCCAUUUUUUAAACAUGUAAAUAAUAGUGUUAACUUGUUAAUAAUGGCAAACCUUUAUACCUAAAGUAAAUAUAUUCCCUCCCA